CACUCAACACCAUCACUCACAACUCAUCAAACCCUAGAAACCCUAACUUCCAUUUUCAUCAAUUUUCAGUGAAAUUGAUUCUUUUUGCUCAUGGCGGAAGAGACGUUGAACACCACGGCGGCUGCGGCGGAGUCUACGGCGGUGACGGCGGAAGUUGCCGUGGCUCCAGAGGCGGAGAAGGUUGAAGAAGCUGCGGUGGUGGUUUGUGAAAAGGAUGGAUCGCCGGAGACGGAGAAGAUCUCUGAAUCGACGUCGUUUAAGGAGGAAUCGAAUGUUGCCGGUGAGCUUCCUGAUCCGGAAAAGAAAGCGUUAGAUGAAUUGAGACUUAUGGUUCAGGAAGCGCUUAAUAAGCAUGAGUUUUCUGCUCCGCCGGCGGCGGCGUCGGAGGAGAAGCCGGUGAAGGAGGAAGUUCCGGCAAAGGAGGAGAAAGCUACUGCUGUUGUUGAAGAAGAAGCUAAGGCUUGUGCUGAGGCCGCCGGAAAGGAUGAAUCGACUCCGUCUCAGGCGACGGCGGUCACGCCGGAAGUUGUACCAGUGACGGAGGUUCCGGAACCGGAGAAGACGGUGUCUGAAACGGAGACAGAAGUUACCGAACCGGAGAAAAAUGUGACCGAACCGGAGAAGGAGGUGCUGGAACCGGAGAAGGAGGUGCCAGAACCGGAGAAGGAGACAACUGAACCGGAGAAGAAGGUGACUGAACCGGAAACAAAAGAGAAAACUACCGAACCGGCACCGGCACCGGCACCGGCACCGGAACCGGAAGAAGUUUCAAUUUGGGGAAUACCGUUACUAGCGGACGAGCGAAGCGACGUCGUUCUGUUAAAAUUCCUGCGAGCACGAGACUUCAAAGUAAAAGAAGCUUUCACAAUGCUCAAAAACGUCGUCGCAUGGAGAAAACAGUUCGGAAUCGAAUCACUGUUGUCAGAAGAUUUGGGAACAGAGCAAGAAAAAGUUGUUUACAUGCAUGGAGUUGACAAAGAAGGUCAUCCAGUAUGCUACAAUGCAUAUGGUGAGUACCAAAACAAAGAAUUGUACAAUGAAACGUUCUCAACCGAGGAGAAAAGGACAAGGUUUCUGAGAUGGAGGAUUCAGUUUCUGGAAAAGAGUAUCCGGAAGCUCGAUUUUAGCCCGAAUGGGAUGUGUACGAUUGUUCAAGUUAUCGAUUUUAAGAACUCGCCUGGACCGUUUAAGUGGGAGCUUCGUCAAGCUACUAAUCAGGCGCUUCAGUUGUUUCAGGAUAAUUAUCCUGAAUUCGUUGCUAAACAGGUGUUUAUCAAUGUGCCUUUUCUGUACUUGGCUUUCUAUAAGAUUAUCAAUCCGUUCUUCACACAAAGGACCAAGAGCAAGUUUGUGUUUGCUGGACCUUCUAAGACUGCUGAAACCCUCUUCAAAUACAUAGCACCUGAGCUUGUUCCAGUUCAAUAUGGUGGACUCAGCAGGGAAUGCGAAUUCGUCUCUACUGACUCAGUCACAGAAGAGAUCAUCAAACCUUCAACCAAACACACCAUCGAGAUCCCUGCUCCUGAGAGUUGCACAUUGGUAUGGGAAGCAAGAGUGGUGGGGAAUGAAAUGACAUAUGGUGCCGAGUUUGUGCCUGUGUCUGCAGACAGCUACACCGUGAUCGUGCAGAAAUCAAGAAAGCUUGCAGCUGCCACCAAUGAGCCGGUGAUCAGCGGCCAGUUCAAAUGCGAUGAACCAGGGAAAGUGGUUCUGACUUUUGACAACCAAACCUCCAAAAAGAAGAAGGUCCUGUACAGAAGCAAGACCAAGGUGGCCGAACCCAUCAAGUGCUAAAGCAGAACCAAGGCAGGGGAUGUUUGUUGAAUAAUGAAAAUAGGUUUCAUUUUUGUGGGUUUUUUAUUGUUUAAUUUAUUUUUAUUAUAAUUAUUAUUCAUGUAUUCAUAUUUAUUUAUUUAUUUAAGUUUGGAAUUGGGGAUUGAGGAAUC